AAAGACUCUUGAUUUCGUAUCUUUUUCAGCGGAAGCCGGAAGGAAUCUCUCUCUCUUUUUUCUCUAUCUCGUCUAUUUGUCUCCUUCAGAUCGAGAUGAGGCAAGAAAUUGGAAGAGAAGCUAACUAAUCUCUGUUCUGAUUAUUUGCCUCUGUACAAUCAAGGGCAACAAUGUCUAUGGAGUCACCAAAUUUAGUCCAAAAAGUGGUUGUUCAUUUGAGAGCUACUGGGGAUGCUCCUAUACUUAAGCAAGCUAAGUUUAAGAUAGCUGGAACAGAUAAGUUCGCUAAGGUGAUUGACUUUCUACUUCGGCAACUUCACCGGGAGACAUUGUUUGUAUAUGUCAACAGUGCAUUCUCACCAAACCCUGAUGAGUUGGUGAUUGAUCUAUAUAAUAAUUUUGGUUUUGAUGGAAAAUUGGUGGUCAAUUAUGCUUGCUCGAUGGCAUGGGGCUAAGUUCUCGAAAACGGCUUUCCUGGUACAAUUUGUACAAAACUCACAUUUUGCUUAAACAAGGGAACACUAUUUCAAGGUGCAAAGCUUAUUGGUCAUGCAAUUAGUCGGUUCCAACUUGUAUAUUAUUUGAGGUGACAAGAUUUAUAUUGCUUUCACAUGGCUCAAGUAAAUCCUGUAAAUCUUUCUCGUGCUUGGAAAAGCCAAAUAUAUGAGUGCAUUAUGAUGUAAAGUGAAAUAAUUACAAACUUUAUAUUAGUCACCCUUUUGAAUGAUUUCGAGCAUUA